AUGACGCUACAGUUUGUUAGACAGGCAGUACGAGCUGGUCGCGCGACUCUCGCGAGACAACAGCUUGCCAUGACUGGUUCCAGGCGUACACUUGUGGUUGUGCGCAACGGCCAGACGGUUGUUCGCGGUCUCAAAAAGGACGAAGCGCUGUACAUGAAAAACCCUCACGGAAUCGAGUACCCCGGAAACGCCGAGACCUUUGCACCACUGCAAGAGCUUUUGGGCUCAGAGUACGCCCUGCCAGAAGAGCUGAUGCUGCAGGCUCUCACACACAAGUCUUUUGCUCAUGGCAAGAAACCUUAUAAUGAGCGGUUGGCUAUCCUUGGCAAACAGCUGUUGAGAAUGGAAACCGGCCGGGCCACUGCACAGAGCGCGGCACAGGGCACACAGGAAUCGAUCAACGGCCACAACUUUGAUGUCAACGAGCGAGCAAUCGAGCUUCUGUCCAGCUCACCUACCCUUUCACAAGUCUGCCGGCUGGCCAAGCUGGAAAAGUCGAUAUUCUGGCGACCUGCGGACGCAGGAAAAGGCGGCGAGACUACGAUCUACUCAACGAGCAUGAGUGCUGUGGUUGGUGCUGUUUUACUGCAGCACGGCGCCGAGAGGGCUAUUGAGUUUAUUCGUUCUCGCCUCAUGGCCGGACCUUACUCUGUGUUUGACAUUUCAAACCAGCUUUUUGUAGAUACUGCCUAA